UGUCUCACAAGAACGCGUUAUCUCAAAGUCAGUAAAUAAAAAAUAUUCCCUCGCAAGCCGGGCAGUCCGGUAGAACUCGUACGCAGGUUACGCGACUUGCAAAUUCAUAAUUAUGGGUCUCAAUGAAGUCUUCUGUCUGCUUCUGUUCGUCGCAGGCGCAGCGGCAAUCGAGUGCCCCGCUGGCUACGAGGUCGUUGGGUCCAAGUGCAUCCACCGCCUGGCUGGUGGUUACCUCACGCACGACGACGCGGUCACUUACUGCUACCACAACUUCGGCAGGCUGCCCGUGCUGCCAGACUGCGCUUCCUUCACUGAUGUUGCUACUUAUGUCGACGGUGGAUACUCAGCGGACACCAUCAACGGCUACUGGCUAGGUGCCACCAACUCGUCGGCUACCGGCGUCUGGCAGUGGAACGACGGCAGCGCCGUGCAGAUGGGCGCUCCGUACUGGGCGGUCAAUACUGCAUCUGAUGGGAGAACAGAGCCCAACAAUGCCAUUGACGGCGAAAACUGCGCCACGAUAGGCACCACCAGGGGCUGGCUGCUCAAUGACUUGAGUUGUACCUCAUCAGACUACGUCAUUUACGCUGUGUGCUCAAGAACCCCAACGGAUGGUUUAUGUGCCACUCCGUACAUCUUGGUGGGCACACAAUGCAUUCACUUACUUCUGACCGAUUAUAUAUAG